CGGGGGAGGGCUGACGUUGACCGGUUGUCUUUGUGCGUUUCUCGGUUUGACGUCUCUUUCCAACUCCUCGAAGUCUCUCCGCGAGGAUUACCCGGGGGACAGUCUUUCCAGCGGCUCCGCGGCUCGCCUCGUCCAGACCCUCAGAAUGGCCGGCGUGGGGAAGCUCCGUGUGGCGGUGAUCGGCGCAGGCGCGGCAGGGCUCUGCGCCGCCCGGCAUCUGCUGGCGCGCCGGGACAUCUUCGCGCCCCCCGUGGUGUACGAGCUGACGGAGCGGGUGGGCGGCACCUGGGUCUACGAGGAUCGCGUGGGCACCGAUGAGAACGGGCUGCCAGUGCACAGCAGCAUGUACAGAGACCUGAGGACCAAUAUCCCCAAGGAAGUGAUGGCGUUUCCCGAUUUUCCCUUCGACACGCACCUGUCCUCCUUCGUCCACCACACGGAGGUGCGGAGGUACCUGGAGAAGUACUGUGAGCACUUCCGCCUGCGGGAGCACAUCAAGUUCCGCACCCUGGUCGACGCGGUCAAGCCGGUCGGCGCGCCCACGGGCUGGCGGGGGCUGGCGUGGGACGUCACCGUCACCAACAGCCUCCGCCAGAAGGAGAGCGUCACGGAGCGCUUCGACGCCGUGAUGGUCUGCAAUGGGCACUUUUAUGAUCCCUAUAUUCCACCCAUCCCCGGUCUGGAGAACUUUAAAGGGACGCUGAUGCACAGUCAUGACUACCGCUGUGCCGAGCCCCUGGCUGGGAAAUCUGUGGUCCUGCUGGGGGCCGGGCUGUCGGGGCUGGACAUCGCGGUGGAGCUGUCCAAGGUGGACGCCCAGGUGACCCUCAGCCACGGGAACCGCCCCCUCACCUGCCGCCUGCCCCCAGGCGUGCGCCAGGCUCCCUCCGUGGAGAAGGUGUUGCCCGACGGGGCGCUGCAGUUCCGGGACGGUGAGCUGGCCCGGCCCGAGGUCUUCCUGCUCUGCACGGGCUACAACUUCACCUACCCUUUCCUGGCCGCGGCGCCGGAGCUGGGGCUGCGGGUUCAAGACCACCUGGUCACCCCCCUGUAUAAGUUCCUGCUGCACCCGGCCUACCCAUCCCUCUUCAUCGUGGGCAUCUGCCGAGCCAUCUGCCCCUUCCCACACUUCCACUGCCAGACGCAGUACGUGCUGUCAGUGCUGGACGGGUCCUGCCCCCUGCCCAGCCGGGAGGAGAUGGAGCGGGAGAUGACGGCGGAGAUCGAGUCCCGGCGCCGGCGUGGCAUCGCCACCCGCCACAUCCUGAAGCUGGACUCGGAGCAGUGGGACUACAACGACGAGCUGGCCCAGCUGGCCGGCUUCCCACCCCUGCCCCCGUACUGGAAGAGGCUGUACGAGGCCAACAAGGCCUUCCGCGCGCAGGACCUGCUCAACUACAAGACCUACAGCUACGCCGUGCUGAACAAGCGCGAGUGGACCGUGCAGAGGCCACAGCCCGAGCAGCAGCAACAGGCAUAGAGGAGCGACUGCUCCGGUAUCCCAUCAACCCCCCCCCAGAGCCCAGCCUGUGCUGCACAUUAACCCAAAACAAACAGCUCUGGGAGGGUGGGCUUUCACAGGCACUGCCACCCAGCUGAAAGAAAAAAAACGUAAUUUGCCUUGUGAUUUGUCUCUGCCUUUCUUUCUCUCCCGUGAUUGUCUUAAUGAGGGCAGCUUCUCGGAUUUGGGGCCCUGGCCACUAUCGUAAUUAGCUGCGCUCACACCCGGGCACGAGCAAACAAGCCCGCGCCCCGCAAAGGGGUGUGUGUGCGCGCGUGGAUCCCCGCCAGCACGUCGGCGCUCUCUCUCUCUCUGGCACCACUGUCUGGAUAAACGCGAGCAAUAAUGGUGUUGAGACAGGAAUUUGAAACCGCUGAGGAGUUUCAGUAAACUCAGGCGGGUCUGUCCUGCAGAGCAGAGACGCCAACAUACACUGUUAGACAUGGGGUGAAACGUCUAUUUCUUCUUCUCAUUUAUGCCUCCCCCCCCCGUGUUGAUCCGAGCCUUAAGAACACAGUUUAGAUUUUUAAAAUGUACUUUUCAGUCCCAGCGCUGUUUUCUUUUACAUGACCUCCAUCCUCAGGGCUCUUCCUGGACUGCUAUCUUCAUUGUUCAUAAGCACUACGUGAUGUAAUUCAGGCACUUAUCAUCUAUAUAUUGGAGGAAUUCAUGGGUCUUGACGUUUUGAUGCUUUAAAGAGACACGGUACACAGUUAAAGACUUUGCCCGUCCGUCCCCGACGGUCGCUCGCAAGAGGCUUAGAAAGUCGGAGAGUGUUCCGGUGGUUUUAACUGCUCAUUUGAUUCAGUCAGAUGUUCCGUUCCUUUCUCUAAUCGGAGAUCCGCUCGUCAAUCUGACAAGGUUAAUAAUAAAAAGGUCCUGUGAAUCAG